AUGGGCGCCGAGACGCAGACCUUACGAUUCAGCACCAUUGCACUGCACCCCGUAUAUGGUGGCGGCCAAACCGCCUCCAGCCCUCGCAUCCGCGCUUUACAAAGCCAGCUGAAUCCCCCCUACGACGACUCGUACGCACUGCAACGGCGGCAAGGUACCACGGCAUCCAGUGGCGGCGAUCGCGACGGCUGCGCGGCGGCGGGCUGCCUGCCUGUGGCGGGGUGGUACGGGGAGGGCGCCACGGCGGGGUGCUGA